AUGUCCAUGUUUCGCGCCAAGAAGCUCGACCUGGGCUGCUUCGUCAAGGCGCGAACCAUUCGCGACCACACCAAGCGCAAGGUCUUUGAGCAGUUCGAGACCGAGAGGCAAGCGCUCCGAUACAUCAUCCGCAACACGACGCUCGCGCCGCGCGUGCGCGCCGAGGCCCAGCUGCAGCUCACCCAGAUGCACUGCUAUACGCGCCCCACGCAGAUCCGGAACCGAUGCAUCAUGGGCGGCCAGGGAAGAGGUGUCCUGAGCGACUUUAAGAUGACAAGAUUCAACUUUCGCAUGGAAGCCAUGGCUGGGAACCUGCCCGGCGUGAAGCGGGCAAGCUGGUAG